AUGGCCAAAGCAAGUUUAUCAGACCUCCUGAGAACGGGCUCUUUGGACUUGGCUCCUUACGAAGAUGUCUACAAAGACUUCCAUUUGCAUCCUGAACUAUCGCGCCAAGAGAAGUCUACAUCGGAAAAGGUAGCUGCCCAUCUGGCCCAAUUGAAAGUCUUUGACAUUCAAAUCAAUAUUGGAGGCUAUGGACUAGUAGGGGUCUUCAAGAAUGGUCCUGGAAAGACUGUUCUUCUGCGAGCGGACAUGGAUGCACUUCCCGUCAAGGAGCUCACCGGGCUCCCCUAUGCGAGCUCCGUGACUAUGCGCGAUGCAGACGGCAUUGAGAAGCCGGUUAUGCAUGCCUGCGGACACGACAUGCACAUGACAUGUCUUCUUGCCGCUGCUGAGACUCUCGUGAAAAUGCAAGACGCGUGGAGCGGGACUCUGAUCACGCUGUUCCAGCCCGAUGAAGAGCGAGGCGGAGGUGCACAGGCCAUGGUUGACGAUGAUCUUUACUCAAAGAUCCCCGUCCCAGAUUAUGUCUUUGGUCAGCAUGUCAUGCGAAUGCGUGCUGGGACCAUUGGAUCACGUCCCGGAACGAUCAUGGCUGCUGCUGAUAGUAUGAAAAUCACGGUGUUCGGGCGUGGCGGCCACGGAUCACAGCCGCACCAGACCGUGGAUCCCGUCCUUUUGGCUGCGCAUAUUGUUGUGAGACUGCAGAGCAUUGUGAGCCGAGAGAUUGACCCAAGUGAUCUUGCUGUCUUGACCGUCGGCAGUCUUCAAGCUGGGCAGACAGAGAACAUCAUUGCGGACAGGGCUGAGCUUGGGGUUGAUUUCCGGAGUGCCAAGUUAGAGACUCGAGAGAAGCUCAUCUUGGCGAUCAAGCGCAUUGUUGAGGCCGAGUGUGCCGCGAGUGGCUCGCCCAAGCCGCCCGUGUUCACGCCGACAAGACGAUUCCCGCCCACUAACAAUGACAGCGACCUGGCAUCUUUAGUGGCUGCAUCAUUCGAAAGUCACUUUGAUAGCUUUGACGCUGAUACACCCAGGACGAACGUCAGCGAAGACUUCUCUACGUUGGCCACCUGCCGAAACAUUCCAAGCGUUUUCUGGCUCACUGGGUGCAUUGAUCCAGAGAUUUGGGAUAAUGCACAAAGCUCGGGAGAGGAAAUCCCUGGAAACCACUCCGCUCUUUUUGCUCCUGUUAUACAACCAACAAUGAAGGUUGGAGUAGAUGCGCUGUGUCUUUCGGUUUUGACAUUUUUGAGGAAAUAG